AUGGCAGGACCCACGCGGAUCGCCGAUGUGCUGCAGAUGUCACUGCCUUUGCGGGAGCUCCAGUUCAGUGGCAGGCGUGCCUACAGAGCAGUGCUGAGCUUGAGUGAGAUUACCGCCAUCCUCCUGCCUCUAUCUCACAAGCUUGCCUUGGACAUCGCUUCCAAGACAUUCCAGGACCUUGGAGCCAUUUGUUUGGAUCUCCAUCACCUCGGCGCUUUGUCGCUGCGAGACCGGGGCUUCACAUGCCCCGAGGCAAAGGGCAGCGCAGCCGGCCUCAGAAUUGUCGCUCCCAUGACUUCGCCCCGCGUGGUCAAGGAGGUGACGCUGAAGGCUGAUGAGAUUUCCGUCUGCCACUUGAGUGGUUGGCGGGAGGAGCAGCCCGCUGUUGUCACCUACUUCAAAGACAUGUUCAGAGAUCACUACGGCACAACCAACUUGACUGGCCCCUCCCUUCUUGCAGAGAACGAGUCGGGCAGCCUCAAGCUGGACACAGAUGGCAGACCACUGCUUGCAAAUGGAAAAUCCACUAUUUUGGCUUUGCGAGCUUUGGCAAGCGAAGUCGAAGACGAGACCGCGGUCACUGCUGAGUUAUGGGCUCACUUACAAAAGGGCAUUCCUUUGCCAGUUAUGUGGUAUGGGAGCACAGACAGGUUGGUGAUUCAGGGCUUCCAGAUGUCAGCCCACGAUGCCUCCAACAACCAAUUCUUGGAGUCGAACUUGGUGCAGAAGAUCCAGUUUUGCAAGGUCCUUUCUGCUUACGGAGAGCAGAAGCAAGGGGCGGAGGCGUUGAUGCGGCUCAUGAGCAAGUCUAAGAGCACAGUGGAGAAGCUUAUCCGUGCAGGCAGGGUGCGAGAGAAAGGAAUCAAGCACGGCAUCUCGAGCACCUUCAUCUUGGACGCCAGCGAGUUUAUGUGCACGGACAAGCGGCAGCGGCUGGAUGCAGAUUGGCAGGUGGCCGUGCUUCAGCAGAUUUCCCAGGACCUGGAUGCAAAGGGCGCCGUCUUGAACAAGCAGCGGGUCAGUGAGAAGUACUUGCGCCCGCUCUUCGUGUGCCAGUACUACAUGAAGAACUUGGAGCACAAGUUCAAGUGCGCAGGUUCGCUUGCCUACCAAAGGCUGAAGAUUGCCAUGCAGAAUGACUCCUGCAUGCGCACGCAGGUCCUCGCAGCUGUGAACUCCGGCAAGAAGAUCAACACGCUGCGAGAGGUUGCGCUGCUAGAGCAGGAGUUGAAGGCAGCUGCAGAAGAAGCUCAGGAAGCUUCACGCAAGUCCGCCCAGGCUCAGCUUCAGGCAGAUGAGCAAGCCACGCGCCUCAAGUUUGAAGAGGAGAAGCGCCAGGCUGCUGCUGCUGCGAAGGCGGCAGGCUAUGCCGAGCAUGACAUGGCCAUCGACCUGGUGGACGCUUUCGAAGAGGCUGACAUGGAUGCCGAUGUUAAGGCUGAGCAACUUGCCGCUGCCGCCGCUGCUCAGAAGAAGGCGGCAGAGGAAGAGGCGCGCGUCAAGGGCAUGAUUGCCUGGGACAGGAUCACCAGGCACACUGAGAUGGAAUGCGUGCAGGAGGACAUUCGAGCGCGAGGCACGUGGGACAGCUGGCUGGUUGUGGUCGACGCUGCUCCUUGCUGGAGGCGCACCUCCAUCCUUUUGGACUCAAUCAAAAGCACGCUGCCCAACACUGCCAAGCGGGUUCGUAUCGUGGUUUUUGCAGGCACAGAAAUCUCUGGCAUGGCGCUUGCAACUGCCAAGUUGCAAGAAAGCUUUGCGAACAGCAAUGUCUUGGAGGUAAAGCUCGACUGCAGUGCUGCCAGAGCUGCCAGCCACAGACUGGCCACGCGCGCGGAAUGGCUGCUCGUUUGUUCCAACGUGGCAGGCCAAGCAGUGAAGCCAGAGGUGAACAUCCGCUGCAAUGGACGAUGCGGAUACUUCCUGAACAACCGGUCGGUGGACGCUGAGGUUGAGGACCAAGACAUGGACGGCGACCAAUCCUUCAUGAGGUUCAUGGAGACGUGCAUGGACGAUCUGCCGCCCGAGAUCCAAAAUGAAUGCGCUGACGCCAACGAAGCAAGACCGAUCCGCGCAUAUAGCGAAGUUCUUCGCGCAGCCAACGCGGGAGCUGCUGCCGGGCUCCUGCUUGUGACCACCACCGCUUGCCCAAACCUGGCCAUUGCGGCGUCAGCCUACGAUAUGCCGAUCAUUUUGUACAACCACAAGAUCAAAGUGCGCGUGGACGAGCCUACGGUGCAGACGGCCAUUACUAUCUUGCGAGGGCUCAAGGAGCGUUAUGCGUCGCACCACGGGGUGAGCAUCCAAGACGCCUCGCUGGUGGCGGCAGCUCAGCUCUCGGACCGCUACAUCACCACCAGGUUUUUGCCGGACAAGGCGGUGGACCUGCUGGACGAGGCCUGCAGUAAGAUCCGCGUGCAGCUCUCCUCGCAGCCCGAGGCCAUCGACACACUGGAGCGCCGGAGGCAGUACUUGGAGGUGGAGGUGAAGGCGCUGAGCAAGGAGAAGGACAGCGGCUCCAAGACCAGGCUGCAGGAGGCGCAGAAGGAGCUGUCCCAGGUCACAGAGGAGCUGGCGCCCCUCAGGGCGCGGUACCAGCAGGAGAAAGAGCUCAUUGACGACUUGAGCAAGGCCAAGACGAAGCUCCAGGACCUGAAGCGGAAGUUGGACCUCAUGGAGGCGCGCCACGAUGUGGACGCGGCGGCGGACCUGCGCUAUGAAGCCAUCCCGGGGGUGCUGCAACGCAUUCGAGAGCUGGAGAGGCGCAAGAAGGACUUCGAUGAGAGCUGCGACUCGCCGUUGCUGUGCGAGACGGUGACUCCUAUGCACAUUGCAGAGGUGGUGGCACGCUGGACCGGGAUCCCGGUGGCCAAGCUGUCGCAGACCGAGAAAGCGAGGUUGCUGCACCUGGAGAGCGAGCUCAACAAGCGUGUGGUGGGUCAGGAGGAGGCCUCCGCGGCGGUGGCGCGGGCCAUUCUUCGCAGCGCCGCCAAGCUGUCGCGCAGGAACCAGCCGACAGGCUCCUUCCUCUUCGCGGGCCCCACCGGGGUCGGGAAGACGGAGCUCGCGAAGGCCCUUGCGUCGGAGCUGUUCGACAGCGAGACCAAGAUGAUCCGCUUCGACAUGUCGGAGUACAUGGAGCAGCACGCCGUGAGCCGCCUCCUCGGCGCCCCCCCCGGCUACAUCGGCCACGAGCAGGGCGGCCAGCUUACGGAGGCCUUGAGGCGCCACCCAUACAGCGUGGUGCUUUUUGACGAGAUGGAGAAGGCUCAUCCCAACGUGCUGAACGUGCUCUUGCAGCUGUUGGAUGAUGGCCGCAUCACCGAUUCCCAUGGCAGGACGGUGGACUGCAGCAACUGCGUGGUGAUUAUGACCUCCAACCUGGGCUCCGAGCACCUCAUGCGCCUGAGAUCGAUCACUGAGAUGGAGAAGGCGAAGGGCAAAGUCCUUCAGGCGAUCCGCUCUACGCUGAGGCCCGAGCUUCUGAACCGCCUGGAUGACAUCGUGGUCUUCCAUCCCCUCAGCCGAGAGGUCCUCCAACAGGUAGUGCGGCUUCAACUUGCCGAUGUGCUGGCGAGGUUGGAUGAGUUGGAGGUUUCCAUGCACGUCACAGACACAGCCGUGGACUAUGUCCUCAAGGAGGCCUUCGACCCAGAGCUGGGCGCUCGGCCCCUGAAGCGAUUCCUGGAACGGCACCUGGUGACGAGGCUUAGCACCAUGAUCCUUGAAGAUCGUCUUCCACCCGGCAGCGCCGUCAGCGUGGACCGCGCUGCGCGCAACGGCUUGGACGACUGGGACUUCCGCAUCACCGCGGGGCCCAAGAGGCAGCGCACCGAGUAGAAUUGGGGUCAGUGAGGCGCGGGCUUGCGCGCGCGGCGCAAGCGCGGCCUGAAGCCAAAGUUUAGAUGUGGGUCGAGCAAGUCUGUUGUUCACUCCCUGAGUUCCGUUUCGGAC